GAAAUAAAAUUAAAGAAUUUGUGUACACUAUAUUUUUAUCUUAAAAGAAAACAAUUCAUGCUAUUAAAAUUAGAACUUUUAUUUUCAUUUUUUUUCUUUAUUAUAAAUAUUUCGAUCAAAAUCUAAAAACCAUAUUAAUGAAAUGAAUCCAUCUGGGAAAAUUAAGAAAUUAGAUGAAGUUGUAGUAAAUAGGAUUGCAGCUGGUGAAGUAAUACAGAGACCAGCAAAUGCAUUAAAAGAAUUAAUUGAAAACAGUCUUGAUGCAAAAGCAAAUAAUAUACAGAUCAUCGUUAAAGAAGGUGGAUUAAAGUUAUUACAGAUUCAAGACAAUGGAACAGGAAUUAGAAAAGAAGACAUGGAAAUUGUUUGUGAAAGAUUUACAACUAGUAAAUUACAAACGUUUGAAGAUCUUCAAACAAUAUCAACUUUUGGAUUUCGUGGUGAAGCUUUAGCAAGCAUUAGUCAUAUAUCACUUUUAACAAUAACAACAAAAACAGCAGAUGAAAAAUGUGCUUAUAAGGCAUCAUAUGUUGAUGGUAAAUUAAAAGCACCACUUAAAUCGUGUGCUGGAAAUCAAGGCACUGCUAUAGUAAUUGAAAAUUUGUUUUAUAAUGUUGCAACAAGAAGAAAGGCUUUGUCAAAUCCAAAUGAAGAAUUUAAUAGAAUUACAGAUGUAGUUACAAAAUAUGCAAUUCAUAAUGCAGAUGUAGGAUUUGUAUUAAAAAAACAUGGUGAAAUAGCACCUCAGAUUCGUACACCACAUAAUUCAACUAAAAUGAAUAACAUAAGAAUACUCUAUGGUAAUCCUGUAUUUCGUGAAUUAUUAGAAGUGGAAUUUAAAGAUGAUACUUAUAAAUUUAAAAUGCAUGCUUUAAUAACAAAUGCAAAUUAUACAAACAAAAAAAUGAUAUUUCUCUUAUUCAUUAAUAACAGAUUAGUAAAAUCUUCUUCUAUUCAGAAAAUGUUAGAAGAACUUUAUACAUUUUAUCUUCCAAAAAAGACUCAUCCAUGGUGUUAUAUAUCUUUAGAAAUUGAUCCACGAAAUAUCGAUGUUAAUGUACAUCCGACGAAACAUGAAGUUAAAUUUCUUCAUGAAAAUUCUAUCAUUGAAAAAAUGAAACUUGCUUUAGAUGAAAAAUUAUCUGCAAAUAGUGCUUCCAGAACAUUUUACUUAAAAACUCGAUUACCAAAAACAGAUAUCACUAAAGAAGUUUUGAAAGAAAUUUUACCAGAAUAUGAAGAAGAUAACAGUAACAAAAUAAAAAAAAUUCGUCCUCAAGAAAUGAUUAGAACUGAUGCUUCUGAUCAAAAACUGGAUAAAUUUAAUUUUAUGAUUCAUAAAGAAAUGAAAUAUAUUAAAAAUGAUGACAAUAUUCAAACUCAUUUGAAUAUGAAAACUCAAAAUAGUAUUGAAGAAAAUACUGAUGAAGAAAAUAUAGAAUGUUUAACAUCAGAUACAAUAAAUAUACAGCAAAAAGAUAAAUCAGCACACGUUGUAGAUAAUAAAAAAAAUACAGAUAAAAUACAAACAUCAGAUACAAUAAAUAUACAGCAAAAAAAUAAAUCAGCGCAUGUUGAUAAUGUAGAUAAUGAAAAAAAUACAGAUAAAAUACAAAAACCACCAAAUAUAAUUGAUAUGCAACAAAAGGAUAAAUCAAUGCACAUUAUAACAACAGCGGCGACAGAAAAAUCUAAUAGUCCAUGGAGUAAUAUUAUAAAUGACCCAAGUCCAUCUACAUCAGAUUUGCUAGCAUCUGAUGAAUCUAAUAUAAAUUUAUGUAUUCAGAACAUUAACAAAGAAGAAGAAGAAAAAUUAAAUACCAUGCAAGAUAUUUUAGAAAUUACAAAUGAUGAAAUAGAUGAAGAUACAGCAGAUUCUAUAAAAGAUAAAUGUAUCGAUGUUAUUGCAGAUAAAGCUCGUAAACAAGUAUAUAAAUGCUUUGGAAAUAAGAACACUAAAUCAGAAGAAAAAAAAAUAAUAGAUAAAAAUGAUAUAGAUAAACAAGAAAUAAAAAAUUAUGAACCUGAAGAAAAUAAGCAACUCAAUGAAAUACAAAAUGUUGAACAAACAUCAAAAGAAAUUAAUAAUGAUAAUGAUAAAAAUAAUGAUAAUAAAUGUUCAUAUGAAUUUAAAUCUUACUCAAUAAAUAAUUUUAGAAGAGAAGUAAAAUUAACGAGUGUCUUAAAAUUACGAAAAGAAGUAGAAGAUGCAUGCCAUGAAGGUGUGAAACAAAUUUUAUCAGAAUUAACUUUCGUUGGUUGCAUAGAUCAGUCUUCUGCUUUAAUUCAAAGCGGAGUUAAUUUGUACCUUUGCAAUACACAAAAAUUAGCGGAAGAACAUUUUUAUGAAAUUAUGCUCUAUGAUUUUGCAAAUUAUGCAGUCAUUAAAUUUUCGGAAGCACUUCCUUUGUAUGAUUUAGCUAUGUUAGGAUUAGAUACUAAAGAAGCUGGAUGGACAGAAGAAGAUGGACCAAAAGAAGAAUUAGCUAAUAGUGUUAAAGAAUUAUUAUUGGAAAAGGCAGAUAUGUUAAAAGAAUACUUUUCUAUUGUUAUAGAUAAAAAGGGAAAUUUAAAAUCUUUACCAGUAUUAUUAGAAAAAUAUUUUCCAAGUAUAGAAGGUCUUCCUCUUUAUAUAUUACGUCUAGCUACCGAAGUAGAAUGGUCAACAGAACAACCAUGUUUCCGAAAUAUUUGUAGAGAAACGGCAAAGUAUUAUAGUCAAAUUAGUCCCAUACAUGAUACUCAUGAUUGGAAAUAUAUUACAGAACAUGUUUUAUAUUCUACAAUUAAGGAAAGUUUUCUUCCUCCCAAACAUUUUGCACAUGAUUCAACAAUAUUACAAAUAGCUAGUUUACCUGAAUUAUAUAAAGUUUUUGAGAGAUGUUAAAUUUUUAAGAUAAAAUUGGUUUUUCAUAAAAAAAAUAUUUUCUAUUUUAAUAAUUACUAAUUAAAAUUAUAAUAUGAAUCGUAGUAUUAAAGAAUCAUAGUACUUCUUA